GUCGCCGGGAGAGCGGUGCCGGGAUGAGCGGACCACGUGCGCAGGUUUGCAGGUGUUCCCGGACCUGUCCUUCCUAGCUAAUGUGCAGAUUCCUGGACAGGAGACUCGGCAUCGGGGAAAGUUCCAUCAGUUCUCUUGGGAUUCUGCCUCGUUCACCUUCUCUGCCUUUGUGACUUCCCAAGUCACCUGUGUUUCUACGAGCAAAGACCAUGAAAAAAUCUCUGGGGAAGGUGCGUUUUGAGGAUGUGGCUGUGAGCUUCAGCUGGGAAGAGUGGCAGCAUCUGAAUGGGGAACAAAGGACCCUGUACCGCGAUGUGAUGCUGGAGACCUACAGUCACCUGGAAUCAGUGGGACACUCAGUGAGCAAACCUGAGGUCAUCACCAAUUUGGAGCGAGGGGCAGAGCCCUGGACUGUCAGUGAGCACCUGGACCGGAGCCUCUCAGCGUUAUGGCAGCUGGUCAUUCAGUCUCAGGUAUUCAUACUGUGGAUGACUUUAUUGAGAACAACCAGAAAAAUCAGGGUGGACAUUUUUUACAAGUUGUAAUCACCAAUAGGAAAACAGCCAACAAGGGACCUGACUUAGGAAAGGCAUUGAAUUUGCAUUCGAUCUAUAUUUUAAGUCCUUUUAUAAGCAAUGGAAAAUAUUCACGA